CUGACAUCAAAUUAGACUUCAUGUUCAAGCAUUCACCACUGGGGUCACAUGGCAGCCUUAAGAGCAGCAAUUGUUUGGUAGACGGUCGUUGGCAGUUGAAGAUUGGGGACUAUGGUCUUAGUAGAGUACAUCUUCAGGCAAGAAUUGAUGCCGGGGAAGACGCCGAUUACUAUGCCAGGUUAUGGACAGCUCCAGAAUUGUUAAGAAUGACCAUUCCCCGCCAAGUGGAACCCAAAAAGGAGACGUUUACAGCUUUGCAAUUAUAUUGUAUGAAAUGAUGUUAUGCGAGUCCCCCUAUACGCAAUGGGAUUUCCCACCCAAGGAAAUCGUGAAAAGGGUUGCCCGGGCAGAGAAUCCACCAUUCCGUCCCACUGUGCCACAGGACUCCGGGUUGAAUGACAUUAUCAAGGACCUUAUGUACGAUUCUUGGCAGGAAAACCCAGACUUUAGACCUACAGUGAAUGAAAUAAAGAAACAAGUCAUGAGAAUGAAUAAGGGAAAGCGAGUAAACAUCGUUGACAGAAUGUUGGUGAAGAUGGAAGCGUAUGCGAACAAUCUCGAGGAAAUCGUUGAACAAAGAACAUCACAACUUAUUGAGGAAAAGAAAAAGACAGAUAAACUUUUAUACAGAAUGCUACCUGCGGUGGUUGCAGAUGUAUUGAAACAGGGGAAGACGGUAGCCCCUGAAAUGGUGGACAGCUGUACAGUGUUCUUCAGUGACAUAGUUGGAUUCACAACUCUAUCAUCCAAAAGUACACCGUUUCAGAUUGUGAAAUUCCUCAACGAUCUUUACACAAUGUUUGAUGAAAUUAUAGAAAUGUUUGAUGUUUAUAAGGUUGAAACUAUUGGAGAUGCAUAUAUGGUGGUAAGUGGGAUUCCAGUAAGGAAUGGUGACCGCCACAUUGUUGAGAUUGCUAACAUGUCUCUACAUCUCUUAAGCUCUAUCCUAAAAUUCAAGAUUUCCCAUGUUCCUGGUAAAGAACUAAAGGCUAGGAUAGGCAUAAACACGGGGCCUUGUGCUGCAGGUGUUGUUGGUCAUACAAUGCCCAGAUAUUGUCUGUUUGGAGAUACAGUGAACAUGGCAUCCAUGAUGGAAUCUACAGGAUUGCCAAGCAAAAUACAGCUGAGUUUAAGUGCUCACAAGGCGCUAAAGAUGCACAUGGGAUAUAAAACAUCUGAGAGAGGUGCUAUUGAAGUAAAGGGUAAGGGAACGGUUGUAACUUACUGGCUCGAAGGACAUAGAUACUUUCACCGACCUCUCCCAGUAUGCAUAGAUGAAGAGGAAACCUACACACGCAAGGAGAUCAACAAUGUGAUGAUAAAUUUCAACUGAGAUACGAUUCCUGACUACGGAAAGAAAUAGUCCAAUGCUUCAUGUUGAGGACCAAGCAAAAACUAUGUACAUAGUGUAAAGUACUGUUGUUCUAGAUCUUUAGUAACAAUUCUCUCCUUAUAACGAAAUUUUACUGUUGAGUGAUUAUACUUUCUGGAAUAGAUUACUGACUUAUUGUAGACCUCAU